CACAGAACGUACAUACAGAGGGAAAAGGGGCUGGGAUACCCCCAGCAUGGACCGCCACCAGUGAGGGCAAUGGGAGACCAGACCGGUGUGGGUGGUGGGAGAGUGACGGCCAACCCUGAGCCCGAGAUGGAGGCCAGAAUCCAAAAGGCGGUGGAGUUCAAGGCAGAAGGCAACCGCUGCUACAAGGACAAAAAAUUCAGGGAUGCUAUAGGCAAGUAUCACCGGGCCCUGCUGGUGCUGAAGGGUGUCCACGAAGAUGGGGAGGAGAGGAAGACCAACGGCGGAGCCGGCACAAGGUUGACGGAGGCUCAGAAGGUGCGGGUGGAGGCCACAGAGAUCGAAUGUUAUGACAGCCUGACUGCCUGUAUGCUGCAGUCUGAGCUGGUAAACUACGAGCGGGUGAAGGAAUAUUGCCUGAAGGUGCUUGAAAAACAGAACAGCAACUUUAAAGCCACAUAUCGAGCCGGCAUCGCCUUCUACCACUUAGGAGACUAUGGCAAUGCUCUGCUCUAUCUCAAGGACGCUCGAAGUCGGGAGCCUACAGACACUAACGUUCUUCGCUACAUCCAGCUGACAGAAAUGAAAGUGCAGCGGUCAAACCAACGGGAAAGGAAAGGUCUUAAGGAGGUGAUUGGAUAG